AUGGCCCCGCUUCGUCUUUCACUUGCUUGCUGGGAUUAUGACCGAGUCAAGGCCCUAGAAGAUGGGCGCAUCAAGGCUGAAGGUAUAGAGCUCAAUUUCCUCAACUUGAGAGUCGAGGAGACUUUCUUUCGCCAACUUCGUUUCGAGGAGUUUGAUGUCAGCGAGAUGUCCCUGUCUUCCUACGUGUUGACUCUCGAGAAGCCAGACCCUCCUUUCAUUGCUCUCCCCGUAUUCCCUUCUCGCUUCUUCCGCCACCAGUCAAUAUACGUCAAUCUUCGCGCAGGUAUCAAGCAUCCCUCUGAACUCGCUGGGCGUCGUGUGGGAGUGCCCGAAUUCCAGAUGACGGCUCCUGUUUGGGAGCGUGGCAUCCUAGAAGACGAGUAUGGCCUGAAAUACGACGCACCUGAGUAUUACACUGGCAACGUCGAGCCAAGUACUCAGGAGCGAAAAGAGAAAGUCCCACUGAAGCUGGCGGAUAGCGUCAAGAUACAGUCCAUCGCAAAGGGCAAAUGCCUCGCACAGAUGCUUGCUGAUGGAGAAAUUGAUGCCUUAGAAUGCGCAACAGCUCCAUCUACCUUCGGUACUCAUCCAGACGUCGGACGCUUGUUCCCUAACGCCAAGGAGGUUGAGCAAGAAUAUUUCAAGCGAACUGGACUCUUUCCCAUCAUGCAUAUUAUCGUGGUCAAGCGCUCCAUCAUCAAGGCGCAUCCUUGGGUGGCACGCACAUUGACCAAGGCAUUCGCAAGCUCGCUGGACUAUGCGUAUACUGCCAUUCAUGAGAGAGCUGCUCUUCGGUAUAUCCUCCCUUGGCUCGAGUUUCAUGUUGAGGAAACGAAAGCUGCUCUUUGUCGCGACGGUGAGAAUCGCUGGUGGCAAGAUGGUCUGACAGACCAGAACCGACGCACGCUGGACAAGUUCCUCGAAUAUUCGCAUAAUCAAGGGCUAUCCAAGCGACGAUGGGAGGUUGAGGAUAUUUUUGCGAAGAGCAGUUUGGAAGCGUUCGUGGUGUGAUGGUCAUUGAUGUAAGUUUUAUGGUAGUAGUAGGGGAAAUUUUGCGAGUGUCACCAAUGCAGGAAGUAGUGGAUCGC